UUCAUAGGUCGAUGCUCAACUACUGAGCCAUGCUGGCGGGCUGAUAAGCAACUUUUAAUUUUAAUCCAGACAGCCUUGCUGGCUACCUAAAUAUCUAUGUACACUCUUCUAAACAUAGAAAACACCCACCUCAAAAGGAAACCAUCAAAAUCCCACCCAUUAUUGCAUAUUGCUCAAAGACCAUGAUAUCUCUGGCCACCCAGAAACUAAAAGUCAAGGUGUCUGCCCCAUGGGCACCAUAUGCAUAAAGGUGGGAUAGGUACAGGAUAACUACAUAAAAUCAAUCUUUUUGAAAUAGGGGUAAAUGGGAAACUAGCAGUUGCUGAUCCAUAGCAAGGUCUCUCUGCUCUGUCCAUAAAUAUAUUCCUUGGUUUUCCCAUCAGGCAACUGCUGAGUCACCUUCCUGGGAGUAACUCCCUUGUCUAAUGUCCUCAGGGGCUCUUGGUGUUGCCCUCUGGGAAGUCUUUGUUGACCUUUACUCUAGGUACAUAUCAGAAAGGAUGCACAUCUUGGAGGCUGGAUAGUCGUAGCACUUCGGGGGCUCAGGGAUUGUUUAGAUAGUUACAGGCUAUAGCAGGCCAGGUUUAGGGUUUUUAUUGAUUUAGGGUUGGUUUGUUUGACAAGUCAAUUUCCUAAAAACUUAGUAAUUUUCUGGUCUGUUUUCUUCAAUAAUUAUUAUGAGUAACAAGAAAGAUCUUGUCAAGGCAUAGUUUUUAUCAGAGAACCCAUCUUCACUUGCUGGGUUCUGUGUUCUUUCUUUCCCUUGGGUCUUAAAUGAAUGGCUUGGAUGGGUUCACAAUGGAAUUUAUCUGACCUUUUUUUCUCAGGAUGGCUCCCAUUAUUUGGCAGAAAAUUCUUAAGGGAAGAUUCUUGAAAAAGGUUAAGGAUAUUUCAGCAGCUUUCUCAGAAUCUUUACGUAAGGUGUGUGGCAGUAGUUGACUUUUUUCAUUCUUCAAGGCUCCAAAUUUGGGACUUUUGUCAAUAUUUUUUUUUUAGACAGAACAAUUCCCUAAGCAAAACUAUAUAUAUACCUUUCCAUCUCUGUAGACUUGUAAACCUUAGCCCGAGUGGUAUUUGUCUUGUAGGAUUUUGCUGAAAGAGGCAGAGGCAGCCCCACAUGCUGGCACUCUGAAGUUCUACCACACUUCCUUUGAUACCCUUACUUCAGUUGGCAUGAGGGCUCAUGGCUUAAAGCCCUACCAACCCAACUCAGCCCACUUCAUAUUUAAGAUCCUUUUACUUGCUGCACCUUACUUCUAGCUAUCAGAUUCUGUAUAGGUCAAGAUUCAUGGCUGUAGGUCAUAGAAUCUUCUUUAGCUACUAAACCGAAUGGGAUUGAUUAUGGGAAAUAGAUAGCUCACAGAAUUUUUGAGAGGGCUGAAGAAACAGAACCUAGGCUGAGCUUCUAGGAACUACAUCACAAGAGAGGGCUGCCAAAGAAGCUGCUGCUUUUGGAAUAAUCAAGAAGCUGCCUGCCACUUUGGGAAGCUGACCGCAGGAUUAGAAAGACAUGAACAGUUGCCAGCUCCAGAAUCACACCACUGCUACCACGCUUUGUGUUGGCCAACUUGGCUCCAAGUGAAAGUCUCAAACAAAAUCUAUUUACCGCCCCUAACUUCACAGCAGCCAGGGCUACCCGGUCACAAGUCCCUGCCCAUUGGAGAGGUUUGCUGGACAGCUCACCCAGAUCCUCUCUCGCACCCUCAUCCGAGUGAUUGGAGGCAGAGGGGCGGGGCGGGCAGAGGCAGUAGCAGCCUCAGCGUCAGGCGGCUCGCCCCACCCUCCCCUCACGAGCGCUGGGAGUCCCCUGGAGGCUGCCACUGUCGCUGCCACCCCUUCCGCCUCCAUCACUCCGUAAAGGUUCUGGAAUAGCGGGGGCGCGGGGAAUUCGAGGCUGACUCCUCGAGGCUGCUGGUGGAGCAGGAUCACUCGCGGGGACGCCGGCACUUCCGAGGCUGAGACCCCGAGGCUGCAGACGGAAACUCGGCAACGGCCUCCGGGGGCGCUGGUCCCCCGCAGGCAUGGCUGUCCCGGCGGCGGCGGUGGCAGGCUUCCCGCGUCACUUUCCGCGGCUGCUCCUGGUUUUGUGGUGCUGGGUGCCCACCGCAGAUUUCUUGAUAGUGGAGAUGGAAGGGAAGAAUCAGACUGUGCUGCUGAAUGACAAUGUCACCAUCUCCUGCAAGGUCCCUGGUUCCACACCCCUGAACAUCAAGGGUAUGGGUGUUAUCUGGUAUCGGAAGCAUCAGGCAGAUGAAACAGAGCACAAGGUGUUUGAAAUGUAUGGAAACCAUCAAAAGGCAUUCAGACCCGGAGCCAGCGUGUCUCCAGAGGGGCUAGAGAAGGGGGACGCCUCACUGCACCUUCCUGGAGUCCAGCUGAGGGACGCAGGAGAGUACCGAUGUGAGGUGGUGGUCACCCCCGAGAAGGCCCAGGGAGCAGUCGUUCUAAAGGUUUUGGCUUCCCCAAAGUGCACCUUGUUUCCAGAACAAGCCACGGCGAAAGAUGAUGGUGACCAAUAUAGUUUGUGUAAGGCAAGUGGAUUCUACCCAAAGGACAUUAACAUCACAUGGUAUAUAUGGACCCAGGAGAAUCCCCAGGGCCAGGAGAUUUCUGAAGGCAUCACCAAUGGUCCAGCCGUCAAGAAUGAGGACGGCACAUUUAAUAAAACCAGCCAUUUGAGGUUGGAACACAAUGUGGUCACCUGCCAAUGUGUGAUAAGACACAUAUCCUUGCCCACCUCCUGCAGGUCGAACUUUGUCCCGUCUCGGAUAGGAUCUGAGAUGGGAAAUACCUGGGGGACUACCGAUACUUGGAUUACUGCUGUUUGCUGUAGUGUACUACUAGUAGCAGUCAUUGGACUGAUUGUAUGGAAAAGGAAGAAAAAAUUGGUUUCGUUAUUCGUUGGGGCGAUCCGUGCACUUAGCUCCUGGACUGCGGGUCUCCUUGGGCGGCAGGAGCAGCGCUACGGACUGAGAAGCGGUGUAAAACUUCUGCAUGGAGUAAAAGAAAAUGGCCCGAACCAAGCAGACUGCUUGCAAAUCACAGUUGGGAAAGUGCACGCAAACAGCUGGCCACUAAGCUGUCAGGAAAAGUGCCCCCUCUACCAGCGGGGUGCAGAAGCCCCAUCACUACAGGCCCUGGACCAUUGCACUUGGAGAAAUCCGUCAGAUACCAGAAAUCUACAGGGCUUCUGAUCCGGAAGCUGCCUUUCCUGAGAGAGGAAGGGAGAAGGAUGGAGAGUUAGAAACAUCGAUGAGAGAGAAACAUCGAUCAACCUUGAAUCUCAAUGAACUAUACUAUGAAUAUUGAAGAGAGUGAAAAUACAUACACAGAGUCUGUUGUAUUACUAAUUAAGAUGUAGCUGUGGCUUUAUUAAAACAGCAGCAAUUUCCAAAACAUUCCUAUAAAAGAUAAAAUAGUGGCUAAGAAUUUUGCUUUCAGGACAACUUUUAGAAGCCAGUCAAUGCGCAAAGGGACUGUUUCAUUCUUUUGUGAUGGCUCUGGUGACUUCUGGAUAGUUCUAUCUGCCCCUCUCUACCCAGUUUCAGGGCCUCAGAAUGGAAGCUGAAAUACUAGAGGCUGAAAUAUUGUAGCCAAAGUGGACAAAGGAGCUCCUUUUCCGUGAAGGUGUUUCUUUCUCUGAAGCUGUUAGUCCAGCAUCCAUCAGCAUACAUGAAGGUCAUAAUAAGGCCUUGUGACUUUCAAAGUAUCUGUCUAUGUACCAAUUAACCGGGACUCUAAUUGAAAUAUCACAUUUUUUGAAUGGACACAUGUAUGUUUAUAUAUAAGCUUGUGCCUAAAAUAGGUCUGCAGGGAAAACCAUUAGUUAUUUCUUGUCUUCUGAAAAACAUGUCUUCUGGAAUUUAUACAUGAAAAACACCUUUUUAAAAUUAUUAGUUUUCCUUUUCAUGAAGGAAACCAGUGCUACUUAAUCUAUAUUUUAUCAAUAUUUAUUAUGGCUAUAAAAACCAUACAGUAAUGAUGAUUUAUACAUCCUAUUUUGAAGUUAGGAUUUUAUUUGGGGAGUAUUUAAAAAAAUUUUCUAUUUAAAUGUUGAAUUAAAGAUUUAACCUUUUAUAAAUAUGUGGCCCAAAAUGUUCUGUUAAUUUUAAACUUUGAAAAGAAAUUUUAUUAGUCCUAUGUGUAUCUGAUAUUUCUUGGCUUAUUUAGAUAGUUAGACUGUUUUUUAAACAAUAAAGAGAUAAUUGGAUUUUAAUUGAAAAUCAGACACAGAGACUUUAUAUAAGUUUAUUAUAUUUUAAUUUGUUUAUUGACUUUGUGUUGUAAAAAGUCUUUCAGUGCAAUAUUUGUUGGAAUAUUUUUUGAAAUAUUGUUGCUAAGGUCAUUUGUAUAGGUUCCUUUUUAAUUAUAUUAAAUGUAAAAUCAGAACAA